UUCUUGGAGGAGGUUUUGCCCCCAUCUAGCGCCACUGCAUGUCCUGCGUUUGGAGGGUAAAAAAAACAAAAACAAAAAUGAACAGCACUGGAGGAAAAAAAAGAGAAACCUAACUAAAACUGAGAGAAGCCAUGGCUGACACAGAGGAGAUUCAAGUGACACUGAGUACUGAUGAAGAUCAAGUGGAAAAUGUGCCAGAGAUCACAGAUAUCUCAGACACCCAAGAGAUUCCAAAGACCUCAGAUGUCCCAGAGGUCCCAGAGGUCACAGAUAUCUCAGAGAUCCAAGAGAUUCCAAAGACCUCAGAUAUCCCAGAGGUCCCAGAGAUCACAGAUAUCUCAGAGAUCCCAAAGACCCCAGAGAUCCUAGAGGUUCCAGAGAUUCCAAAGACCCCAGUGAUCCCAGAGGUCCCAGAGAUCCCAGAGAUCCCAGAGAAUCCAAAGACCCCAGAGGUCCCAGAGAUUCCAAAGACCCCAAAGACCCCAAAGACCCCAGAGAUCUCAGAGAUCCAAAAGACCCCAGAGAUCCCAGAGGUCCCAGAGAUUCCAAAGACCCCAGAGAUCCCAGAGAUCUCAGAGAUCCAAAAGACCCCAGAGAUCCCAGAGGUCCCAGAGAUUCCAAAGACCCCAGAGAUCCCAGAGGUUACAGAGAUUCCAAAUACCCCAGAGAUCCCAGAGGUUACAGAGAUUCCAAAGACCCCAAAGAUCCCAGAUAUCCCAGAGAUUCCAGAGAUCCUAGAGAUCCCAGAGAUCCCAGAUAUCCUAGAGAUCCCAGAGAUCCCAGAAAUCCCAGAUAUUCCCGAUAUCCUAGAGAUCCCAGAGAACCCAAAGAUCCCAGAGAUUCCAAAUGAAGGCAGAAGAAGCGAAAGAGGCGGAGGCUGCUUGAAGAGCACUUGUCAGUUUAUUUUGAUUGCAAUUUUGAUGUUGCUUCUUUGUGCUGCGGUUGGUGUCCUCUAUAUUCAGAUGAAUAGGCAGCAAAGUCUGAAAGCAGAAUCCCAGGCGAUGGCAGAGGAGGCAUUCACUGCGUGGAACAAAUUCAAGCAGAUGCACAAAGAAAACGAGUACCUGACACAGUUUCUGAACUCCACUUUUCAAAACCUCACUGCCCAGGGAUAUGAGCAUGAUCAACUUAAGCUGCUCAUAAAUGCCACUUUGCACAAUGUCACCUUGUUGUCAGCUGAAAACACCCGGUUCAGCCAGCUGCUGAAGAACAUGUCGCAAGAAAAAACACAGUUGGAAAAGGAGACCGAAGAGCUGAGCAAGCUUUUAAAUACAACCCUGGGCAACUGUAACCUUGUGGAAGAGGAGAACAGGAAAUUGAAUGUGAUCCUCAAUGAAUCUCUGCGCCUCAUCAUGAAGGUUUCUGCAGAUAAAAAGAAGUUGCACCUGUUGUUAAGCAGUGAACGGAGAACCUCUGCAAGGCUGGCGACAAAAAAUCAACAUCAGCGUUCAAUCUUGUUCAACAGGAAGCUGUCCUUUCUAUGGAGAUUCUGCAACAAGACCACACUGGAGUGUUCACGCUGCAUCCCUGGCUGGACCGAACACGCUUCGCGUUGCUUCUUCCUGUCCCCGAAACCAAGGAAGUGGGAAAAUGCUCGCAGGGACUGCCUUUCCAUGGGUGGUGAUUUGGCUGUAGUUUUGACUACAGAAGACCAGGCGUUCUUGACCAACUUCACUUAUCAGUUUGUACAGCAACACCCUGAAAUAAAACUCCAUUCGGCGUGGAUCGGCUUGCAGGACAUGGUGAAGGAGGGCACCCACUUCUGGCUCACUGGCACCACAGUCAAGUAUGGUCUCAUUCACUGGCGAAAACUGGAGCCAAACAAUGCAAUUGCUUCCUGGGACCGUGACAAAGCAGGGCAGGACUGUGUUGCCAUUGUGCCGCCGAAAAAAAUUGGAACGAAAGAUUGGAUGAACUCGUGGGAUGAUAUUGUCUGUGUCGGCAGACGGCACUACAUAUGUGAAACCACUGCUCUGAAUUUGACCUAACUGGCAGACUCUUGCACUCUUCUCUUCUUCUUCCACACAAGAUCCUCUGAUGCCCGCGACCUGUGGCAUUUCUCCCUAUGUAUGUUGUGCAAAAUGAAUAGUCAGUCAUGAGUCAUGGAUGUCACCACACCAGUUAUUUGAUCUUGCGAAAAAAAAAAGAAAAAAAAAAUUAAAA